AUGCCACCGAAAACACAAAUUAAAUUGAAUGGCCUCCUAGACAAUAACGGUCGGCGUAUUCCGCUUGCCCUUGUCACUGAAUGGGAUCGCCACUCGGUCCGAGUCGUCUGUCCUUACUGCUCAUCACGGCACUGUCACGGCAUUGGACGCCUCCCCCGCAUCGGCCAGACUCGGGAGUCCCAUUGUUAUAGGGAUGCCGAGGACGUGGGCUCACAGCAAUACCAAUUAUGCUAUCCUGAUGAGCCUGCGGCGAAAGACUAUUUUUACGAGCUUGACAAGGAAUGUCAUCGAUUUCGUACUGUCGGUGUCAUGACACCGGACGAAGAUGCGGAUUCCUCCGACUACGAAUAUACAUCAGAUGCAACAGAAGAACAUGAUGAGAUGGAUGAGUUGCAUCGAGGACUUGAAAAUCUGAACAUCGCCCGAGAAGACCCCUUGCGACGACAGCAGGAUUCGCCAGCUUCUAUGGACGAAGCCCUGCGAGAAUGGUACCGUGACCCAUCAUGGAGACUUUCCAUGUGCUUCUCUCUGUGCAUUACGAAUGACAUACCUGAUGUCGAGCGACUCAUAGGCACCUACCGGGAUCCUUUGCUACGAUCGAAAGACUGGCAAGGAGAGAAUUGUAUCUCGUUUGCAGCUAUCGAAGGUCACCUCGAGAUGGUUCAAUUGCUUCACAAACAUGGCGGAAGCAUUCAUAAUUCCAAUAAGAAAGGACGAACACCUCUGAUGGAGGCAGUGCUCUGGGGGCGAUUGAAAGUGGCGAAGUUCCUCCUCAAACAGGGCGCUGAUCCUAACAUGCAAGAUCGGAAGGGGCGCAUAGCUUUGUUUUACGCACUUCCAUCGACCAUCACAGCCAGAAUGCGAGCGACAAAAGAUCACUACGUCGAAAGGUCUACGGCGGAAAGUAAUCGCAGAGUCAUUGCGAUCACACUGCGAGCUUAUGAGCCGAUCACAGCAGAAACUGAGGCAAACGACAAUGUGUAUGGUGGCGGCGAUCGGUUCAUUCUUAAUACGAUGCAGUCUCAAAUGACUUUCGUCGAACGCAGCACAACCUACGACAUCCCUGAUUCAUAUAAGACGAUCGCUAGGCUAGACCGAGGCACCAUGUUUCCUAUUGUCAGCGCUGCCAGCGGCUGGAAAACGGAUUUUGCGAUUGACCUAAUUAUCAAUAAUCGAUCCUGGACAGGGAAAGUCAGGGAGCUCUGUAACGUGCUUGGAUACGAGUUGCCUGCAGAUGGAAGGGAUCGGUCUGAGCCUGUGGGGACGUACUUCGCCUCCCACGCGGAGAAGAAACUUAUUGCUUACUACAUUGACAAGCACAUGGUGCUUCCUUGGGCAGCCUUGAAGUACAAUAAUCGCAGGGAAGGAGGCGAUUGGAUCAGGGACAGUACCCAGUUUCAAGAUCUUACUGACGUUCAGCCGAUGCUGAUGAGAGGAAGAGCCAAAAUUUCUAUCAGUCGAUCAACUUGUGCGGACUGCACACGGUUCGUACGCCAUGUUGAGCAGAGCUUGGGUUUAUGUUUUCAAGUAGAGACCCGCUAG